AGUGUGUUUUGAAUGCACAUGUAAUAGAAUGUCGUAAUAUCCACCGUAUUUUUGUACAGAAUUUUUCAUUUUAAAAAUGUCCUACUGCCGGGAGGAAGGUAAAGAUAAAAUAAUAUUUGUAAGUGAAGAAGAUCAUGCACAACCAAGCAAAGUUGAAAUACCUGAGGUAGAAGACGAUGCGGAGUAUGAAGGUUUGAUUAAAGCUAAUGGUGAAAUAAAUUGGGAAUGUCCAUGUUUGGGAGGAAUGGCAUCUGGUGUUUGUGGAGAACAGUUUCGUGCUGCAUUUUCUUGUUUUCAUACAAGUAUGUCAGAGCCCAAGGGAUCAGAAUGUAUUGAGCAAUUUCAACAUAUGCAAGAAUGUUUUAAAGAAUAUCCUGACAUUUAUGGAGAGUUUGAGAGCAUUGAGUCAUCAGAAACAAACGAGGACAUUGAAGACAGUGAUAAAAUUACAUCUGAACAACAAUUUGAGAAACAAAAGCCAUUUACAGAUGAAGAACAGAAUACUAGUCAUAAAAAUACAUCAACUUCUGAAGCUGUUUUAUGAUAUUUUAACUGACAAUAUAUUUACAAGGAAACAAGUUCCU